AUGCCUGAACCAGCUAAACCCGCGCCCAAGAAGGGCUCUAAGAAGGCCGUCACCAAGACCGCCGUUAAGGGAGGAAAGAAGCGCAGAAAGUCCAGGAAGGAGAGUUACGCCAUCUACGUGUACAAAGUGCUCAAGCAGGUCCACCCCGACACCGGCAUCUCUUCCAAGGCGAUGGGCAUCAUGAACUCUUUCGUCAACGACAUCUUCGAGCGCAUCGCCGGUGAGUCGUCUCGUCUCGCGCACUACAACAAGCGCUCCACCAUCACGUCGAGAGAGAUCCAGACCGCCGUGCGUCUGCUGCUGCCCGGUGAACUCGCCAAACACGCCGUGUCCGAGGGCACCAAAGCCGUCACCAAGUACACCAGCUCCAAGUAAAGCGCCGCUUUCAUCCGCCGCACACAAAGGCU